AUGAACUCUAGCCGCCUUGUCCUCCUCAGGCCCUCAGCUCUUUCUACCUGUGAUAGCUGGUGGGCCCACAUCCCCUGCCCACUGUCUGUGACCGGGGUCAUCCAACCUCACGGUCAGAAGAGUAAGGUCCACGCCUGUGAGAAACGCUGCCAGGCCCGGGAUGAGAACCAGGGUCUCGAGGGUGCUCAGGCCACUGCAGCAGAGGAAAAAGAGUCUCCCUCUUCCUCUCCUGUUUUUGGGGGUACUCCCCAGAGCUCCCCUGCUACUGGCAUUCCCCAGGGGCCUCAGGGUGCAUCUCCCACCAUCACUAAUUCUAAAGGCCUCUCUCGCACAAGCUCUGAUGAAACCGCCAACAGCCAGGAUGGGGAGAAAAGUAGUACCUCCCAGGCCGCACUCUCCACCAAGAGAUCACGCAGAAACCCUCUGAUCAAGAAGGCAGGUCUGCUGGAGCAGUUCCUACUGCACAAGUUUAAAAGGAGAGAACCCAUUAUGAAGAAAGGCAUGCUAAAGAUUGUCAACGGGAAAUACAAGGACCGGUUCCCUGAGAUCCUCCGGAGAGCCUCUGAUAACCUCGAGGUGCUCUUUGCGGUUAAUGUGAAGGAAGUCGACGCCACCGGGCAGACCUAUGCCCUCAUCAGCAAGCUGGAUCUCCCCAACAAUGGGAGGGUGAGUCAUGGCAGGGGGCUGCCCAAGACCAGUCUCCUGAUGUUACUCCUGGGCAUGAUCAUCAUGAAAGGCAACAGUGCCACUGAGAAGGAGAUCUGGAAAUUUCUGAAUAUGAUGCGUAUAUAUGCAGGAAAGAAGCACUUCAUCUAUGGGGAGCCCAGGAAGCUCAUCACCGAAGAUUUGGUGAAGCUGAAGUACCUGGAGUACCGGCAGGUACCCAACAGCUAUCCUCCAGCCUAUGAAUUCCUGUGGGGUUCCAGAGCCAAGCAGGAAACCAGCAAGAUGAAAGUUCUGGAAUUUUUAGCCAAGGUCAACGAUACAGUCCCCAGUGCUUUCUCAUCCCAAUAUGAAGAGGCCGUGAGAGAAGAGGAAGAGCGAGCCCAAGCCAGAAUUGCAGACGAGGCUGGCACUACUGUUUGCUCAAGCGAUGCACCAGGUCCAUGUCCUGCAACUCCCCCAAAGCCCAGUGAGGCCUAA